CUUCACUAUGACUAUAGUUUGGAAAAUUCGAACCCUCUAGUUUCAGAUAUUAAAAUUAGGAUAGCGAAGAGGAAGAGCUUCUCGUGCUCGUCAAGCUCCAUUUGAUUCAUUCACUUGUAUCUUGUCCUGCUGGAUGGAAAGAGGAGUACGACUGCUAGAAAAUGAACAAUAUCCUGCCACGCUAGUUGUAACUUCCUUUAUUUGCUUCUACGUGCAAGUAAUGUAGCAAUGAACUAGGAUGAUCGACGUGAAGACGCUCGUCCUCUCCGAUCUUAUAAGCGAAAGCCACCACGCAGAGCCAGCGCUAACAACUAAGAAAGGAGUACCACAACAACUACCCUAGGCGCUAGGCGUAGGCCUCAGCACUGACUGCGCCUUCAUCUUGGUACAAAAGCAUGAUGGUUAUGAUGUGGGUUUAUCGGUUACUGGAUCUCGGGAUCCGUGUGCUUUGCACAGGUCGCGACUAUCGGAGGUGCGCGUCUUCUACUUCCGCUCUUUCGCAGUCUACGAGAGGCUUGCGCAUCAAGGAAAAACCAGCAUUUGUGCUCCCGUUUGUAGCGAUUGCUUGCAGUCUCAUGGUCGCGAUCGGGUCUUUUAUCAUCUGGAAGGGCGGCACCUACACGGAAAUCGACUACAGGGCCUACAUGCAACAGGUCGCGCUUUAUCGAGCAGGCGAGCGGGAUUAUUCCCGCAUCGAAGGCGACACGGGGCCGCUAGUUUACCCCGCAUUUUUCCUCUACACCUUCUCAGCGAUAGACAGGAUAUGCGGCUCAGACCGACGAACACAACAGAAGGUUUUUCUUGCGAUCGGCACAGCCUGCUAUGGCGCGAUGAUUUACCUCAUGGUCCGGUAUCUCCGAGUCCCAAGGUUGUACUGCCUCUUGCCCUUGCUAUCUAGGCGCAUGUGGUCGCUGCUCGUAUUGCGGCUUUUCAACGACAUUACAGGUGUCACGCUUGCAGCAAUAUCUCUCUGUCUCUUCUCAGCUGAGAAAACGGCGCUGGGGUACUUGAUACAGGAAUACAAAAAAAGGAAGUCAUGUUUUCCACUAGUAGAACUGUGCUUCUAGAUCAUCUAAUAAAUCGUAACUGCUAAAAAUGCAAGAUAGAGGCAGAGGUACUUAGAUGAGGAGUCUGAAAACCCAGUUGUUCCACGACUGCGAACGUGCUCAACUACCUUUAAUUUCUUUUCAGGUGCCUUUUCUACUCUCUUGCAGUUGGAUCAAAAAUGAACCUGCUGCUGAUGGCACCCGGACUCGCAUGGUAUCUUUAAGGUGCAACAUAAAGGGAGUGCUCGUCAUAUAACUCUACGAAAAUCCUCUUUCACUUUCUCCAUUUUCAAGUGGGAAAAGUUGACAGUGAAAGAGCAGCUUUUUGUGAUGGUACGUCGACUCAUCUGCUCUUUGUUCUUGACUCAAUCUCUAUGGUACUACUUGACAUGGUUUCUGCUCUUUCUCUCUCUCUCAACAAGAUGCCCUUCUAAUACCUAUUCGUGAAUCCACGUUGGUGUUGGCGUCGGGUUUUCUGUUACUUUUCGUUGAUGGCUUCGGUGCAGCUGUUGAUUGGGGCUCCGUUCCUGGCCGUCUCGCCGUACUCCUACUUGACGAGAUCUUUCAACUUGGGACGUGUUUUCCUGUACGAGUGGACCGUGAACUGGAAAUUCAUCCCGGAAAGAAUCUUAUGCCUCCCCCUGCUAAUCGUCCAUCUCUAUAGGUAUAUUAUAUAAGGAUCCCGCAACCGUACUAUGCCAGUAGGCAGUCUGCACUGAACUUUGUGCGAGAUAUUAAGUUGUAAUGUAAAUGUAUUGUAUUGUAUGGUAUUGCGCCAGGCGGGAGUGGGAGAUGCUAGCGCAUAUUAAUAUUGAGGGACUUCCACAGGGAUGAACUGGGGAGAGGUCUAAAAAUCUUUGUCAGCAAAACAUGGGCGGUCUUCCUCCUCGCCACCACGAUAUUGUUCUGGGCGGUACUGGUGUAUCGGGUGCACAGAGAGUGGCUCUUGAAAGCGCGUCCAGCAAAGCAAUUGAGAGGAGGAGCGCGCAGCCUGUCCGCAACACCAACAUUCUUCUCAGGCAACAAUGCAGUAGGAAGCGCUAGGACCACGUCGAGUGGAGGUCAAAGCCAGUCGACUAGUAAAACUUCGACUGCUGGAAGUGUGACAUCUUCAAGUAGCAGUAAGUCCUCGCAGCAGGAGCUCUCUUCAGCAGACGAGAGAACUGCAGAAGCACCAUCAGUUGUAGAAGUUACAUCACAGUUUUUAGAGUCCGACAGUCACUUCGUGCUGAUGUUGGAUCGGUUCCUAGGGGUAGCGAAUGCAAGUUCCACGUCUGGAGACGUUGACCAGGAGGAUGAUGGAGCAGAGCCCCCGAAAGAGGCACAACAUAGGCCGAUGGCAGAGGUCGUCUCUAGGUUUCGCCGCAUUCUGGAGAGCCUCGGCUGUUCUAUGAGAACACAAGAAAAAGUCUGGUAUGUCCUGACGGAAACUCUCCGAGAGUACUGGACAGGGGAGAAGAAAUCGAAAAAUCAGAAGAAUCGAGACCUUCUGGCCAUAUCACUACGUCGGAAAUUAGCUGCAGAAGGUGAAGGAGGCGAGGGAACUCCAGCUCUAGCGGCUGGCAGCGCACCAUCUUCCCUUUUAGCAGGGAGUCGGUCAUCGAGUAAGGCUUCCAAUUUAUCGAGCGGAAGCUCUUCUAGCCAGAGGGCACACAAUAAACAACAACAAGCUUCAGGAGGAGGUGGAACGUCAACAUCAUCGAAGAACAAUAAACAAAACUACAUCAACAACAACAACAACAACAAGGACCAAAUAAUCGGUGGUAGCAAUAUGAGCAAGGCGACCACUGCAGCAACGGGAAGUCCCACUCCGAGUCUUAGCUAUAGUGAGCCCGGAGUACCUGAAGAAACAAGGGUUGACUAUGAACAAACGCAGCCUCCUGAAGGUGAAGAUGGUCAGUAUUAUUUUUAACUGAAGAAGCGAAGAGGAAGAACAAGAAGAAGCUCCUUAUUUGUUUCCCAAUUAAUUUAUAUUCCUUGUGUGUCUUUCACGACAGUGUUGAAAAUGAAAUCUUUCUUCGUAAUAUAAAUAUCCUUCGUCCUUCUAGUUGCGCGACAUCAUAGUCCUCAAAAGCGUGAACAUAAACGAAAAACAAAAUGUGGUCUUCAUAGAUGUUCUUGUUGUCCAGAAAUAAUUGCUGGAAGUUCACUGACUCAAGAACAGAAGAGGUGGAUCUUCUAGGAGACCCGGCACUUCUUCAACAUAUUCCGCUCUAAUAGAUGCUGAUAAAAGUUGCGCACAUCAACGAGACAGGUUGUGUGGAUCAGCCUGGCGUCGGAAAUGGGGCACUCGUUGGCGAGCCGAUUCGAAGCGGAGGAAGAAUGAGGCGCGCAAGUAAAUCAUCAUUGUCCUCAUCUAGUGCGACUUUUAUGGCUUACUCAAUCAUACAUGUUGAAGAAAAUAUUCAUUUUAAGAAGCAUCUUGGAAGGUUUUGUAAGGGAAUAUGACUCUGACUACAUACCACUACCAGUUCGAAGAAGAGCAAGAUUUUAAGAAGCAUUUAUCUUGGAAGGGGCUUUGCGUUUUGUAAGGGAAAAUAAUGACCAGACCAAGAUGCUCCUCCUCUUCCACUUCAGGAAGAUGAAUAUCGAUUUAUUAUAUAGACGUCUAAUAUUUCCCGAUCAUCGUCCAAGACAUCACUACCGUCCCCAUGUACGAGUUCACCGGCUACGCGGGAGAGUAUCGUCCAAGACUUUCUGGCAUACAAUGAUUCCAAGUUUACUUCCAUUUCCCCAGGAGCUAGCCCUAGCGACUCAGGAGCGUCUACAACGGUGAUGAUGACAUCUACUUCGCUUGCAUCUUCUGCUUCAUCUUCACGUGGUUCUGGUCAGACUCAGUCUCAGACCUCCACAGUGUUGAGAAGACGUAGUAAUGAUGACUCAUCUUUGCCAAGUUGUGAAGGGGAGCAGCCACCGGAUGAUCAUGUACUAGCAGGAGGUGCCUUACAAGCUACAGCCGAAAGGACUACAAUGCGGACUACAAAACUGCAGCGCAAAGCCGCCCUCAAGGUGCGGAGGAUACGCAUGAUCCCUGGCUCUGAUGCUGCCAAAGCGAUGUUGUUGUGCAACUUCGCUGGCAUCGUUUUCGCACGGUCCUUGCACUACCAGUUUUACCUGUGGUAUGUCUUCUCGCUCCCUUUCCUAGUCUACAACAAGGAGGACUGGAAAAGAACGACACAAGCAAUAGAGAAAAGUGGCAACAAAACGCUUCUCAUCUGGAAGUUUCUGCACAUGGUGACAAAUGGCUUUCUCGAUGGUCCUGCUUCUUUUCACAGAGAACAGAACAAAGAGGCUCCAGCUCUAGCAAGAAUAGAACAGCCAAACAAAGUAGUAGAACCUCUUCCAGCAAAUGCAAAUAGAACUAUCAGCUCCACACCUUCAUCAGGAGGUUCUAGGGGAAGGCCUUCGUCAGGCACGACGACAACUAGUGGUGGAGAAUCGUCUUCAGCCUCUCCCCCCGUUUCAGGAGCUCCUACGUUCUCUGCAGCUGCUGGCGGAGCUGGCACACCAACAACAUCGACGUCAGGGGCUAGUACAACGUUGUCUCUUCGAAAGACAUCAUCUUCAUCAAAGAGAUCUUCCUCUUCGUCUCCGAAAGCAUUUCCUGCAGAUGAUAAGAGAACAGCAGGUGACUCAGCGACGCGAGGUGGUGCACUGAUAUUACGAGAAGACGAAACCUUAGCUGGAUUAGGCCGUCAAAAAGAUCAAUUAAGGUCAGCUUUUAUUCGUCUUUCUCGCCUCCGUCUACUUGGUUGCUCCCUUUUGCCCAGUAUUCUUGUGAAAUACAAGGCCAAGAAAGGGGUCGAGAUGAGGGGCCCGCCAAGAAGAUGCGUAGAGGCUGAAUCUAAACCAGGUUGAAGAUGGUGAACCGUUUGCAAAUGUCAGCUAUUCUUGUCGGGAUCGUAGUCAGUGGGACGACACAGCGAUUGCAGACCUUCUGCGUCAGGCACUCUCGGGACUUCCAACCCUUUGGUGGUUUCCAAUUGCACUCUAUUUUUUUGUCGAAGCGUGCUAUAGUUGGCCGAAAGCAACGCACUGCUACGAAGAUUAAGGCAUCACUUAAUCCAUCGCUGUGAUCUUUUAGCUCAUCUGUAACAGCCUAAGCUGUCUUCAAGUACUUACAAAGAUGGACAAAGAUGGACUGUAGUGAGUUCCAAGAAGAGGGCAAGGGGAACCAUCCCGCGUGCGAAAACCCUGCGACGGAGUGGAGUUCCAUCGUCCUGCAGAGCUUGCAUCUUCUCCUCCUGCUCCAAAAAGUCUUGGCGCGAGACUUCGGACAGUAUUUGUUUAUGGGACACAUAAGAAAAUAUGAAUGCCUAUGAAAAAAAAAAGUGCACUCACACUCAGAAAAAGUGGCUAUUUUCCUACUUAAAUCCUAGCCAAUUUCGUGAGUGUGAGUGCACUUUUUCGUUUCAUAAUGCCGUAUUUCCUUAUGGAGAUGAAUUCACACCUCGACCUUCCAGGGUGUGAAUUCAUCUCCAAAACCAAAGUCAUCUUCUCGAAGAGAAAGAUCACCAGAGGAUGAAAAUGGGACCCAGGUGAGAAUUCUGUAGAAUACAUACCUCUUCUAAUUUGCUGCCAUGCAGCAUGCAAUCAGCAAUAUUUCGAGACGCGUCUUUCUUGCUAGGCGGAGAGGGGAUCGCUGAAAUGGCCGGCAAUGCAAAGCAACGCCAACGGAGAGGUCUGCUGAAGCGGUCCUCACCUUGUAGUUCUCCUGUGCAGCAAGUGCAAGGCAAUUAUGAAAGACUUUGGGGCAGGUAUGGUUAAUUCAUGAGAGAAGACCUUUACCACUUCUAGCAUUAGAGAUCAAAAUUUUUGAUUUUUGUUCAUACCGAAUAAUUAGAAUAGGAGGAGGCUCACGCUCAGGCUCUAAAAUAACGCGCGUGAUAAGAAGGCGGAAGGACCAGCGAUACCGCGAAACGGGACAAAAAAGAAAAAAGUGUGAGGAUCCUCCUAACGAUCAAAAAGAUCAACGUAUUAAACACAAACAGAAGAAGUUGAGACAUAUUAAACUUAGAAAGUGGAAGGUCAACAUCAAAGUAUCAAACUUUUUCUUUUACAACUUUCGUCGAAUUGCAUGACAUUCUCUUGUCGUGGUGAGCGAAGCUCUAGCUCUAAGAUAUUCAAUUGUCUACCUUGCCGAGCAAAAAAUGAGAUAAUGAACAAUCAUGAUUUUGAAGUGAAUGUCUGACUUUGAUGAAAUCUUGAAAUGAAUAUCUGUGCUUAUGGUACUAUCUUCAAAAAACGUAACUACAAGACCGAAGACAACAAAGCCCAGCCAAGACCAAGUAGAACAAGCUAUCGAGGGGCCUCUUGUGCUUCUUGUUGACAAGACUGGCAGUGGCACUGCGAUUUUUUGCGAGUCAACGCAGAUAUUUGUGCGAGUAGGAGUACUACUGAAUGGAAGGUGUAUCCACCGGAGGAUAUUUCAGGUUUACCCUGUGGAAGCUGGAUCAACGCCUAUCGUCCCAUAAAAGGACGGUCGUCAUCUCUAGAAGUCGUCUUCCUGCUUCUAAACCUGAUUUCGUCGGCACCAGAUGUAGAAGUUGUGAACUACUAGAAUAUGUAUGUCAUUUGUACUGCUUAAGGAUCUACUUGUUUAACGUGAUACAACAACCUUUGUUGGGAUCGUUCUGAUUAUUGUGCUGGUUGAGCUUGAUUUAUCUCCUGCUGCCUGUCUGCUGGGCCAGCCUCGGGGCUGAGGGAGUUGAUGUUGACCAAGUCUUUGCUGAAUCAACAUAACCUGGGUUGGCUGAACACAGUUGUUGAGCGCUCGCGAUGAAGACA